CGUCAAUCACACGGAGCGUGGCGUGAGCUGGUAAUAACGUGGCCCGCCUCUCGGAUGUGUGUGAGGCGAGGAGGACUGAAACAUUAGCGAUUUUAAACCAACGCGGUGCAAGAUCUCCACAGCAGGUCUGAAGAUGUUUCGCAGGAAGCUCGCUGCUCUGGAUUAUCACAACCCCGCUGGGUUUAACUGCAAAGACGAGACAGAGUUCAGGAACUUCAUAGUCUGGCUCGAGGAUCAGAAGAUCAGACACUACAAGAUAGAAGACCGGGGGAACCUGAGGAACAUACACAGCCCUGAGUGGCCAAAACACUUUGAGAGGUACCUGCAGGAUGUUGCCAGCCCCUUCACUGUGCUGGAGCGGCAGGAGGCUGUGGACUGGCUGCUGAGCCUCGCAGUGCGCUUUGAGUAUGGAGACAAUGCGGACAAAUACAAGAACUGCCAGCCUCACGCAGCCGUCGAUAACACUCGGACCCAGUCGGACCCACUCAUCCACCUGGACAUCAAUAACCCUGAUUUUAAGGCAGGUGUGUUGGCUCUAGCCAAUCUCCUUCAGAUCCAACGCCAUGACGACUACCUGGUAAUGCUGAAGGCUAUUCGAAUUCUGGUUCAGGAACGCUUGACUCAAGAAGCCAUAGCAAAGGCAGGCAGGUCCAAAGAGGGUUUGCCGGUCGCCCUGGAAAAGCACCUGCUUGGCUUCGAUACAGGAGACGCCACUCUGAACGAGGCGGCCGCGAUCCUGCGCUUGCUGCACAUCGAGGAGCUGAGAGACCUGCAGAACCGGAUCAACGAGGCCAUCGUGGCCGUGCAGGCCAUCAUCGCCGACCCCAAGACCGACCACCGGCUGGGCAAAGUGGGCAGAUGAGGGCUUGUGACUCCGCUCCGCUUCACCCACUCUCUGCUUUUUUUGUUGGAAUUUGCAUUUCAUGAUCUUGUUCCUUUUUUUUUUUUUUUUCUUGUUCAAGAAAGCCGGCUUCCAGCACAAAGAUAAUGUUGUUUGCAUUGGACUAUGAUUUAAGUAUUUAAUUUAUGUUAAGUGAAACCUGAUCUGGAAGGUGAAUCAGCCAGAGGGUUAAAUAAAAUAAAUAAACGAG